AGUUGUAGAAAACUGAACUAGAAAUGUGUCCAUAGCCCCCACACACCACUGUUCUGUCAAUCUUAUGACAUUUAUGUGCCACAAAUUGAAAACUAGAAUUCUUUUACUAAGUAAAGGGCAAGAACUUUACAAAUACUGAAUAAAUCCACAGGCAAACCCCAAGGUGCAUAAGUACACAUGCUGACCAACAUUCUUUCAGGCUUCAGGCCUACAAGUCAAAUAGUUUUUUAGCUAUGCAUAAACGAGUUGAAAAUUGCAAAUUUAUACUAGUGUAAGUCAAGGGCAAUAACUCUAACAAAACUAAAAAAAAUCUACAUGCAAAGUCCCAGGUGCAUAGCUUCACAUAGAUGUUGAUCAUUAUUCCUGUAAUUUAGUGGUGUUGAUCAUUAUUCCUGUGAAGUUGGUUGAUUCUAACCCAAGCACUCAAGGAACAAAUAACACAACAUAAUGAAACGGUUUUUACUAAGUCAAGGGCAAUAACUCUACAAAUACUGUAUAAAUCCACAAGCGAAACCCAAGGUGCACAACUGCAUAUGCUGAGCAACAUUCCCGUAAGGUUUCAUGACUCUAUAUCAAAUCCUUUGUGAGUUACAUGCGACACAAGUUGAAAAUUGCAAAUUUUUACUAAGUCAAGGGCAAUAACUCUAAAAAUACUAAAUAAAUCCAAACUAAAAUACCCAGGUGAAAACCUUCACAUGCUGAUCAACAUUCUUGUAAAGUUUCGUGACUCUAGGUCAAAUACUUUUUGAGUUACGUGCGACACAAUUUGAAAAUUGCAAAUUUUUACUAAGUCAAGGGCAAUAACUCUAAAAAUACUAAAUAAAUCCACACAAAAAUACCCAGGUGCACAACUGCACAUGCUGAUCACAUUCCUAUUAAGUUUCAUGACAUAGGUCAAAUACUUUUUGAGUUGCGUGCAACUCAAAAGAGAACAGACGGAAGGACGGAUGGACGGCCGCACAAGGGUAAAUCUAAAUGCCCCCCAUAAAGUCGGGGCACAAAAAUGAUGUCAAUGCCAAAAAAAUAAUAUAACAAUGUGUCCCAAAAAAUCUAGCCAUCUUUUAUCACAGGAUUACAAUUCAUAAGGAUUGGACAUGCCAAAUUUCUAAGCUUUGAGCUUUUUAGUUUUACAAAAUAAGACUUACGUGCAAUUAACUUUAUAAGUCUAUCCCAAGGGACACAAUUCAGUUAAAUGUUAUAACAAGAGGAAGAGGAAAUGGCUUGCUUCAACUUCUUCAAAACCAAAUGAGGAAAUGAAAAGCGCAAAAUUUCCAACUUUUCUGUCAAACGGAGGGAGACAUUUAUUCUUUAUUAUUCUUAUAAAAUAUUAGUGAAGCCAAUAUUCAAAAAUGUUUCAAGAACCUGACUACAGAGAAAACCUAUCAUUGAAGUUAUCAGAGGUUUUAGAUGACAUUGGUGUCAAUGAAAGAAUGGUGAUGAGAAGGAGAAGACAUCUCAUGCUGCUAGAGACUACGAGUAAUAUCACUUACAGGUUAACUGACCAUAAUAUAACUAACCAUUUUCUAGGUAGUCAGAGUGAAGGUACAACUUCUAUAGGACUUAAUUCAGACUUGGACAUACUACUCUGUAUACAUAAUGCCAAUAUAAUACAAGACUGGUCAGAGUGGGAACAUGGCAAGAACAACUACCUCAUGAUACAGGAUGAGAAAACUACCCCUGGUUAUUGUUUCUUACAAAAGCUCCAACCUGAUGUACCUCUCCCUGUUACUGUCAUUCCUAACGAAAACCAUAUAAUAGACAGAAGUGGAAGAGUAUUGUUAAAAAACACAACCAUUCAGGGUCCGUUUCCGGAUACUGUAAAUCAUGGACCAUCAAAUGUAUCACAAGGAGAACCUGGAAUAUGUGAUAUAGACAAUGUGCCAGCUAUGCAUUGUAAAUCGUGGCCUAAAUCAGCAUCAGCUUGGUUAGAGAGACAAGGUAAUGGCAGAUGGCCAACGCAAGACAUGAGAAGAUAUGCAGCCAGCACUGGGUGUUUUGUUGUUGCAACUGGAAGCAAGAUCAGUGAAUAUCCUGAUCUGGAAUGGAGAAUAUCUACAUCACUGGCAGAGAGGUUUCUUAUGUUAAACCUAAAUAUAACACAAAUAAGGUGCUAUGUAUUAUUGAAAAUGAUUCUUAAAUCCUUCCUUAAUCCUCAAAAUGAAAUCAAUAUAUCAAGUUUCAUGUGUAAAACAGUUCUAUUACAUUGUAUAGAAAACACAGAGCCAUGUACCUGGAGAGAGAACAAUUUAUUUUCAUGUUUAACAUAUUGCUUAUUAGAAUUACAAACCUGUGUACAGAAUGACUGUUGUUCACAUUUUAUAAUUCAAGAAAACAAUUUGAUGGCAGGUCAAUUUACAGCUGAGACAAAACAUGAACUUUCAAAAAAUAUAAGUGACUUUAUACAGAGCGAUGGACAGGGGUUACUUAGAAUUAAAAUCGAUGAUCUUGGACAAAGACUGCAAGUAAAACUGAAAAUGGUACCACAAGGAGCAUACUAUUUUAAGUCUUCUCUUCAGAUCUAUAAAAUGAUUAUGUCAUGUAAUUAUAUAAGUGUUGCAAUACAUAUAAGUAGAAAUGUGCCGCUUAUAUUUAAAUAUUUAGAAAUGAAAAACAUGAGAACAAUGAAGCAAUCUAUAAUUAAACUAAUGGCAUUCAGUGAUAAUGGUUAUAGAUUACAACAUGCUGCAAGUAAGCUUAAUCUUACAUGCUGUAAGUUUCUAGCACCUUUUCUUUUUAGCACAUAUGGAUCUUCCCUUGCAUCAUCAAGUAUUGGUGAAAAUAAUCAAGUGUCACAAGAAGCAUUAGAUUGGUUAUCAGCUGGUUUGAACUCAGAUAUCUCAUCUAGCAGACUUAAAUUGGCUUCAGUGUUCUACAGUACAGGAGAUAUGGAGAAAGCUGAACUAAUUCUGAGACACAUUGAACAACAAUAUUACUCAUUUCCUGUUGUACCUAUCUGUGGAUGCUAUGUGAAGGCUCAUCUAGGAACUGUAGAAUUUGAGAGGGUCUGUGGUGAACAAAGUGAGGACUGUAUCACACAUAUUACAGCUGUUUGUGUCAAAUUCAUACGGAAAGAGAUCAACUGUGUUCCUCAUGAACUACAAUAUGAAAUGUUCAGAUCUACACAAGAUGACAUGAUACACAGAGAUGAAGUUACAGACUUUUGGAUGGACUGGGCUGCAGUUGAUUCUCUACCUUUCCUGUACUUCCUACAAUACAAGAUCUAUCGUCAAUUACAAAGACAUCAAGAUCAACAACAAGCACUUGGUAAACUAAUAAGAACCAUAGAAACAGAUGAAAAUCUUGGACAUAGAGAAACUGCUCUAAACAUUUUAGGGCAAUGUAUGGAACAAGAAAACAGACCUCAACAGGCAUUAAAUUACUACCUGCGUUCUCUACAACAAAGGGCAAGAAACAAUGUAGCAAUCAUACAUAUAUGUAAGCUCCUUUCUGGCUUAUUGGCUAGCCAAUAAUUAGGGUCAAAACAGUGACAGUGUUAAGACUGAAGUUUUCAAUGAUCAUAUAAUACCGCUUGUAUGUCAAUAAAAAUGUCAAAAUAUAGACUGUUAUUACAUUUUUAUCAAACAUUAUUUGUAAUAAUAUUAAACACGAUAAAUUAAAAGAAUUAAUUCAACUAGAAAUGACUUUGAUAUCUGAUUUUACAUACAUUUGAGAAUCAAGAGCCUCUUGUGAAGAAGACCAUAUCACUCAUCAAAAAAAACUUUAAAUUUUGGUUCAUAAGAUGAAGUUUUUUUCCAAGAGUCUAAAAUCCUUUAUCUGUCUCGCAUGCACACAAGCAAACACACUCACACACGCACACACACACGCCGCACGCACACACACACACACACACACACAAAGGGGAAUCGCUAUAUGCCGAUAAAUACACACGAAAAAACUUUUAUUUUAACACAAGAGCGAUCAGUAAUCACAUGUGUCGCCUCAUGAUGGCCAAUUUCAUGUUGGGACAAAUUUUGUGACAGACGGACAGACAGACGGACAGUGCACAACUAGACUAACCACUUUGUACUGAU